GGCGUGGAGCGGGUCACGUGGGGGCGGCGCGGGGUGGCUGCCGGGAGCUGGCUGGGCCGGAGGCCGCGGGGCCGGCUCCCGCUGCGAGGAAUGGAGCUGCCGGCCGUGUAAUGGCCAUGCCGCCCGGGCCCCGGGCCUUCCUUGUUCCGCGCCCCGGCCGCCGCGCCCUUCGUCCGCGCCGGCAUGGUGAACCUGGCGGCCAUGGUGUGGCGCCGGCUCCUCCGGAAGAGGUGGGUGCUCGCCCUGGUCUUCGGGCUCUCGCUCGUCUACUUCCUCAGCAGCACCUUCAAGCAGGAGGAAAGGGCAGUGAGAGAUCGGAAUCUCCUCCAGGUUCAAGACCAUGACCAGCCCAUUCCAUGGAAAGUGCAGUUUCACCUAGGGAACAGCAGUCGGCCUGGCAACCAGUGCCGGAACUCCAUUCAAGGGAAGCACCUCAUCACGGAUGAGCUAGGGUACAUUUGUGAAAGGAAGGAUUUGCUGGUGAACGGCUGCUGUAACGUCAACGUCCCCGGCACAAAGCAGUACCGCUGUGACGGCUGCUUGCCCCACGGCUGCUGCGGCGCCUACGAGUACUGCGUGUCCUGCUGCCUGCAGCCCAGCAAGCAACUUCUCCUGGAGCGCUUCCUCAAUAGGGCAGCCGUGGCAUUCCAGAACCUCUUCAUGGCCGUCGAAGAUCACUUUGAAUUGUGUCUGGCCAAAUGCAGGACCUCAUCCCAGAGCGUGCAGCACGAGAACACCUAUAGGGACCCCAUAGCCAAAUACUGCUAUGGAGAGAGCCCUCCCGAGCUCUUCCCCGCGUGACGGGCACAGAAGGCAAACCAGGCACCACCGGAGAGCUUGUGGCCUGAAGCCACCCUCCAGCGUUCUCUAGUCCACUUGGAAGAAGAGAGGCAUCGGAGCCGGAGCCUUGGCUUUGACCAUCUCUUGUGCUGUACUCUGUGGCCUUGCUCUCCGCUGGGCUUUACCCCAUGGGAUGGUUCUGUAAAACAGCUUGGAAACAACAGCGGGUCACGUUCAACAACAAACUGCAGGCGAGCUUGCGGAGCUGUUGGCGCUCUGGGGCACCUCUCCCAUGGCAGACUCAUCGAACCCUUCCCUGUAAAGUUAUUUAUUGGAUUCCUUCGGAGUAGUGGUAAUGUUUUAUAUAGGACGAUGCCUUGCCUUGAUAGUUGAAUAUAUUCAAGGAAAUUGUUGUUGUUCUUGUUUUCUUGUAUUCUUGAGUUUGAUGAGUUAAGUCAUCCUUCCCCUGGAUAAAAUGUUUGGCCUCUUUGAA